GCCGCCACAACAGCCAUGUUGGCUGGCUGGCUGUGGGGUGAAGGAAGUGGCGGGAGCUGUAGUCCAAAACAUCCGGACCGGCGAGCGAAGGUUUCGAGGCGGAAGAGGCGGGCUACGGAGGCCGACGGAGGCCAAUCCAGACCGCCCGGCGCUUUUCCCGGCACCCCUCCGGGCGGGUUGUACACAAUCAUGGCUGCCGCCUCUGCCUCCCCCGAUUCGGAUGACACCAGCAUGGAUGCAGAAGCUGAGAAUCCGCCUCUAGGCUGCAGGGAUGGCAGCGAUCCUCUUUCUGCUGAGAAACCUUUGGAGACUGAUGAUCCUCAAAGUGAUCCACCUGACCCUCAGGCUUCUGUCAGCAAUGGCAGCGAUUCUGAGACUGGGAAAGAGCUGGUUGAGCUAAAAGUUAUCUGGAACAAAAAUAAGUAUGACUUAAAGUUCCCACUUGAUAACACAGGGGCUGACCUGAAGCAGAAAAUCCACUCACUCACAGGCCUUCCACCUGCAAUGCAGAAGGUCAUGUUCAAAGGACUUCUACCAGAGGAUAAAACUUUACGGGAAAUCAAAGUGAUCAAUGGAGCAAAAAUAAUGGUGGUUGGCUCAACUAUCAAUGAUGUCUUGGCAGUAAACACACCGAAAGAUGCUGCUCAGCAGGAAGUGAAAUCAGAAGAGACCAAAAAGGAGCCCCUUUGCAGACAAAAGCAACACAGGAAAGUGUUAGAUAAAGGAAAACCUGAAGAUGUGAUGCCUUCUGUCAAGGGUGCCCAGGAGCGCCUGCCAACUGUUCCUUUAUCGGGCAUGUACAACAAGUCGGGUGGAAAAGUGCGGCUCACCUUUAAACUCGAACAGGAUCAGCUCUGGAUUGGCACUAAAGAAAGAACAGAAAAGUUGCCCAUGGGGUCUAUCAAGAACGUGGUGAGUGAACCUAUCGAAGGACAUGAGGAUUAUCACAUGAUGGCCUUCCAGCUGGGUCCUACUGAAGCCUCUUACUACUGGGUCUAUUGGGUGCCUACUCAAUACGUCGAUGCCAUCAAGGACACAGUGCUGGGGAAGUGGCAGUAUUUUUGAAGGCACGCUCACCUCUGGCACUGGAGACUGACAUGAACCUAAGGACACUGCUAGGAGAGGCCUGGACAUGGGUCGUCCUGGAACUUCUUAUCGAUACGAUCUCAAAGAGGCCUGGGAGGACGCCAGAGGUGGGGAUCUCUCGCCAUUAGUUUAUUUUUAACUUAAAAAGUGCAGCAGCAGCCUUUGUUCGGCAGCCCAGCUUCAACCAUAUUUAAAAACAAAAAGCAAAUAUGAUGGAAAUCAAUAAAUCUUAAUUCACAAACCACUGUGUGUAAUACACUUUAACUGUGCCAGGUGUAGUAGCCCUUCUGGUUUUCUGUUUCUGCAAGGAGAAAAAUGCUGACACACCGCUGAGGAUUUUCUACAUGAUUUGGACAAGAGACAGAUAUUUUCGUAACUCUUCAUUAACAAGCAUUAUGGUUUGUUUGAGGUAUGCACUUGUGACUGGGAGCUUGAGAAGUAGGUUUCUCUCUCUCCUUUUUAAUACUAAAAGAAAACUUUUAAAUGGUAUGCAAACUUGGGGUUUCAGAAGCCAUAUCUUCCUCGUCCUUAAGUUUCCUGGUAGCUUUUCUGGUAGCAAAAUGGGACAACUCUCUUAACCCAAAGAUGCUUGACUCCUUUUUCAGAUGCUGGCAAUGAUUCUUUAGUGGGGGUUUUCAUGCCUGUUACUGAGAGGAAGGAAGCUUAAUAACGCAGGAGGCUUGCAGCCAUGCUGGACUGUUGCUUACUCUGUUCUGUGUUCUGCCAUUCUCUUUCUCCCUUUCUGCUGCCAUUAUUGGGGGGAAUCUAGACUGCCUUAAGAAGCAUUUCUUGGCUAUCCCUGUUGUUACCAAGAAUUACUUUGCAGCUAGCUUAUGGGUUUGUUAUCUCUUGUUUUACAUAUAACAUUUGCUCUGCAUCCAGACCACAUGCAGUAUCACCCCAGCAUCAGUGGGGCCUCUGAAUGUGUGUACAGUCACACAGCUGCCUCAAAUGUGCUCAGAAGGGAGGUCCCUCCCUGUGUUCAAAGAAGAGGCAAGGCUGGUCUGUGUGAACCUAUGUGCUCUCCUGCACAUUCUAGAGAUGCUGGGUUUGCAGCUGUUAUCUACAGCAAGAGAGGACAUUCUUCAUACCCUUUAAUGUGAGGUUGGUGGCAUUGUCAAAUGUUUUAGCAGCUUUUCCAUAAAACGAUGGUUAAAAUUGAACAAAGUGGUGGUCACUUGCUUUUUGUUCAUUAUACCAGAACUCUAGUCCACUGUGUGGCCUGUGGUGCCUGAGGAAGACAUGAAUUUGCUUUAGAUUACAGGUCCCCCCCCCCCUGUUUGGUGCUCUUUCUACCAUGUUUUCAGCUGAGCGAGUAGCUGGCCAUCACCCUGUUCCUUGGCCACAUGGGGGACCCACAGGUGUCCUUGCACCCUAUCUUCCAAGCAGGUGUUCCUUGAGUCUUUGCCUAGGUGAACUUGAAGUGUGGCUUAACAUCAUGAUUAGCAUUGAUCCUGGUAGGAACUGAGCCAGAGUGGCUGUCAUUCCAGCCUAGCUCAUUCAGGAUAAGUUCCCUCAGGUUCAUGCUUUUUAAGAACAACUCAGACAAAUUGCAUCCAGAGACCUCCCUUGUUCAGUUGAGUUGGCCAUCUUACUUUCUGCUGAGCUAUUGUAUAAAUCUUUUUGUGCCUGGUUGGGGGGGGGCACAUUUCAAGAACCCUUGAAGUAAUUUUGACUUCUGUGCCAUCCAAUUUUGUGGAAGAGACCAGUCUGGUUUUGAUGAUUGAUUUCCCCGCUCCUAAACAUCACCAGGUGUGAAUAGAGAUAUAUAAAACUUCAAAUGAUAAUGCCAUGGUUGGGUCAGGGCAUGUUUUCCUAGAGAAAAAACAGGCAUUUGGAGAAAUUGAAAUUUAUGCAAUUCUUUCUUACCAAACCUAAACCCAAGGCUGUUACUACUAAUGAUUCAUGCAUUUCAUUCAUGAAUAUAAGAAGUAUUGCAGCAGUCAAUUGGCUAUAAUCCUUCAAGUGCUACUUUCAAAAGCUUUUUAUUCAUCAUCCUAGUAGAACAAUAUUGCAUAACGGUUUUUUUAAUCUUUCCACAAAUGCUGAGUUUUUACAGUACCCCCCCCCCCCGGGUAUAUGUGCUAGGGUACCCAAUUAUUUUACACAUCUCUACUAGUAACUCAACUCCUACUGGCAACUAGUAACCUUAAAUACUUAUAGAGUAAGGUUGGCUGAAAUUUUAGCAUUGGAGACGUAAGACACUGUCUUACCAGUUGCUUACCAAUUGCAGGUUGGCAGAGUGCCGCUGCACUCAUGUUCCUGCUUGGAGGCUUUGCACAGGGAUUUGGUCAGCUGCUUUGGGAACAGGAUUGUACUAGAUGGGCAACCUUUGGCCAGACCCAACAGGCUUAUCCUCCAUUCACCAAAUCAGACAGUUGUCUAUAUAGUUCAGUAUUUACACUGACUGUGGCUGUCCAGGGCUUGAGGCAAGAGUCUUUUUCCAGCCUUAAUUGGAGAUGCCAUUGGGGAUUGAACUCGGAACCUUCUGCAUGCAAGGCAGACACUGUACCACUUAUAGCUCUUCUCCCUUCUUAUUUCCUCAUCCCAGGCUCCUUUGAAGGAAGGCUGUCUUUUAACUACCUGUCUGUCAUGGUAUACUUCUCCUUAGUGUUGUAGUUCAAUUCAAGGGUCGUUUGCCUCUGGUUUUCUUUGAUCACCGUAGUGCCCAUUGUGAGCAUCCUUUGUUGUGCAUGGAGGGUGAGCCAGCCUCAGUCUGAGCUUUGGCUGCACCUGAAAACACCCCUGGCCCAGGUCUGUGCCUCCUGGAUUAGAAGACUACUUGAUAUGAGCAUUCCUAAACAUUAGAGAUCUGGUGUCAAUGUCAUCUGCCUUCUGCAAUCAUGUUCCAUUUCCAUGAAAGUGACCUUACCGGAUGCAUCCACACAAAUAAUUACAACUAGUAUUGAGGUUGUUUGUGCUUUAGGGGACGAGUGGGAAGCUGUAAGAAGGUGUGUGCCUUACCUCUGUAUUGUUGGCAUCUGUUUAUUAGCAGGAGUCCCUUCCCCCCCCACAAGGGGGACUAUACCAAGUGAUGCUCAGGUGGGGCAAGGGCAGGAGAGGCCACUCUCUUUUGGUCUUUCUCUUUUGGUCUGCUUUCUAGAGAGGUCCUGCUUUAGGAGAACAGGAGGGACAUCAGAGCACUUUCAGGGUUUUAAUGGCUAUGUGCUCUCUCCAAAGUUGGAGGCAAUAUGCCUGUGAAUAUCAGUUUCUGGGAAUUGUGAGUGAGGCAAGUGUUGUUGCUCUCAAUUCCUGGUUGUGGGCUUCCCUUUGGGGUAUCUGAUUGGCCUGAUGAGGCUGGACUUGAUGGGCCUCCUUGGUUCUGAUCCAGAAGCCUGGCUCCUCUUAGUGUUCUUAUAUUGAAGGUAGUGGGUAAUUGUGACAAGUGGAAGGGAGUCUGACAUGUACGAUACCAAACUGUUUGGCUGUUCGCUCCAGCUCCUUCCCGCAAGUGCUUCAGCCCACCUUCUCAAGGAGUAUGGCUUCUCUCUAGAACAGGGGUCCCCAAACUAAGGCCCGGCGGCCGGAUGCGGCCCAAUCACCUUCUAAAUCUGGCCCGCGGACGGUCCGGGAAUCAGCAUGUUUUUACAUGAGUAGAAUGUGUCCUUUUAUUUAAAAUGCAUCUCUGGGUUAUUUGUGAGGCCUGCCUGGUGUUUUUACAUGAGUAGAAUGUGUGCUUUUAUUUAAAAUGCAUCUCUGGGUUAUUUGUGGGGUAUAGGAAUUCGUUCAUUUUUUCCCCAAAAUAUAGUCCGGCCCCCCACAAGGUCUGAGGGACAGUGGACCGGCCCCCUGCUGAAAAAGUUUGCUGACCCCUGCUCUAGAAGGCAGAGCAACAAUACAAGUAAAUGGCAUAGGAGUCCUGACAGUGGGUUGCCUGCUUCCUUGUGUACAAGGGCACCUGAAGGUUCCCAAAGGACUUGCGUUAGGCUUUUUUUUAAAAAAAUAAAAAUUAGCAUUACAGUGGCUCAAAUCUUUCCCAGGAACAUGCAGUUUAAAAGUGAUUGUGUACUUGCAAAUUUCUAAGUGCUUCCUAUUUGUGCAGCUAAAGGCACAAUUUGUAACGGGGCCGGAAGUGCAGAUAAAGUGGUUGUCAUGGCCUAUCCUUUUAUAAGAUGAUGUGCUGAUGCUUUGAGUUGCCUUCCAGUCUUUAUAUGUGAAGGGCGUGUCUGCAUAAUUGGGGAUGUGGCGAAACAUCUGCAUGGAAUAGGUAAAUGAUUUCUAGGUCCAAGCAUCAGUUGUCUUUUUCUCUCUCUCUAGAAGCAAGCCACAAAUUCUUAGUCUCCAGUCUUCCUCAAGGCCCAACCAUUUUUCAAAAAAAUUAUCUGCAUCAUGUGGCUAAUGCCUCGGAGCCCAGGGGAUUUGCUCAGCCCAGGUCUAAAGAUCCAUCUGAACUUGUAACAUCUGCAUUGUGGCUUUGUUUGAGCCACGGCCUCAUUGAACUUAGUCCCACAACCUGUGUUUAGUGCCAGGACAAAAGCCUUGGAAAUUGGGAAGGUAAAGAAAAUAUAAGCAAUUGCCUCUGAGCAUAAGCAGAGUGCCUUUCUCUUAACCUAUCAGGCUCCUCUUCUCUCUCCUUCAACCUCUCCCACCACACCUGGGGUGCUGUAUCCAACAUCAGCUGUAACUCAGAGCAAACCCAUUGAAAUCAAAAGACCACAUGUUCAUUACUUUCAACGGGCCUCCUCUAAGUACAGCUAACAUUGGAGCCAACCCUUGGGGUUAUCGAGCAAGAUUCCCUAGUGAGAGGGAUGGAGCUUCAGCUUGGCUUGAGUUUGUAUUCUGAUCUUUGGGCAUUUGGAACGCAGCUACAGCCCCACUUGAGCCUUUAGAAAAGAUUCCACCUUUGGUCCUGGAGGCAGCUCUUGCUUCAAGUACUGACUACGAACAAGCAGCUUUUUCAAGCUUGCUGUGUAUUCACAACAGCCUGGCCUGAAGAUGCAGCUGUGUCUUUUUCAGUCCAUGUGUGUAUCUGUAGCCAUCUAUGAUUCCUGCCUUGCAGGGGGUUGAACUAGGUGACCCUUGGGGUGCAUUCCAUCUCUACAGUUCUAUGGUUCUAUGACUAUUCAAUUGAACACAUUUUGAUAGCAGUGUGGCUGACCCUUGUAGGUGUUGGGAGUCACAGUCCAAAACCGCUGGAAAGCGCCAGCUUGUGGAAGAGUAUCUAAUCUGACAAUUCGUUGUGCUUAGGAGAGGGCGUCUUGACUUUCCUCCAGCAUGCCAAUAUUAAUUGGGUUUUUGUGCAAGAGAGGGGCAGCCACAUUGAUGCAGAAGGCUGAACUGGAUGGCCUCAGUAGAACUGGCUUCCUAAUGCUGCUGGUGUUUUUGUUUUUCCCCUCCAUUGUCUGCCCUGUCCUGCUGCCUGAGAUAUCAUUCUUUGCCUCUGCUUGCUUCCAAACUGCAAUCCCUUUCUGUGAGGGAGUGUAUUUGUGCAGCUUGAAAGCAUCACUGCUUAAAAGCCUCCCUGGUGCCAUGUUUACAUGCAGGUUAUAUUCAGAUCAUUUAAUGAGUCUGUUGGAAAACAUUUGCUUGUGUGUGUACCUUCUUAAAGUGUCUGAGUGGGAAAUGAGGUGUCUCUUCUUAGUGGAAGGAAAUAUCAAAGGACUUGACUUUAGAUUACAGGUGCUAGUUUGGUCUGCUUAUUGGGGAAGGCUUCAGCAAACACAAAGAAGUGGGUGGGUGUUCCCCUGUGGGUUUUUUAAAUGAAAAAACCACCUUGGGAGCAUAUCUCCUUUCACCACUCCCAUGGUCUCCAUCCUUUUUGAGGCAGAUUUUCAGUUUUCUUUUUAAAAAAAAAAACUGCCAGGAGGGAAAAAAACAUAGCCUCAUGUUUCCAGCCCUGCUUUCCCCAACCAGGUAUACUCCAGAUGUUUUGGACUACAGCAUCAAUCAGCCCUAGCCAUCAUGGGAAAUGUAGUUUAAAACAUCUGGAGGACCUCCGGUUGGGAAAGGCACUUGUCUCAAUCUCAUGGAGCAGAAACAUCCCAUGUAGGAAAUCACUCUGCAUUUGGUGCCUAGGAAAUGGAGAUGGUGUUCCAGGGCUAAUCUUGCUCUUGCUGAGUUGUUGAUUUUCUUUCCAUUUUCUUAAGCAGGGCCAAAAACCUAGGUUCUGUUGUGCAAUGCAUUUCUCCCACCCAAGGUGCCAUAUUUGGAGACCUCUCCUCCUCCAGACUUGCAGCCAUAGGGAACCUCAGUAUGCCCUUCUCCCAGCACGGACACAUGCUAGCUGUUUGGUCUUACAGGACAGGCUUUCACCACUUGCCCUCCUAGUCUCCCAGUCCUUCCAGAAUGACCUGUCCACAUCAUGCCCACCCCUUGUGGGCAGCUUCACAAGCAAGUGGAGCACCCAAGAAGGGCCCAAGCAGUGAAAGCAGCCAGCUGGGGUGUGGUUGGCAUGCACAUGUACACACAGACCUGCUUAACACUGGUAUGGAUGCAUUUCAGGGGCUGGGAUUAGGUGUUCAGUAUCAGGAAAUCUUCCAUCUCCCCCAGUAUCCCUUCCUGUGUGAAGACUUGCCCUGUGCUGGGGAGAAUUUCUCUUGCACCAUCAUGUGCCUGCCCUCUGAAUCUUAAGCCAGUUCCUUGCAUGGGCAGAAGCUAGGCAGGCAGUGUGUCUAUCCCAAAUAGCCUGGCCUGAUUCACCCUCAUCCCAGGUCCUCUGCAGAGCAGCAGUUUUAUCAUUUCCAGGGCCGGUUAUGGGAACAGGAAGGCAUGAAUGAGGCUGGGUGAACAUUUAAGUCUUAGACGUGCACUGCUGAAAUAUUUUUAAGUGUAACUUUGUCCGGCAAUUAUUCUCCUUGUUCUAUUCUGUAAGAUCAAUCAGUCUUGUCAAUUAAACUUUGAUAAUGAA